CCUAUAGUUUCGAAUGUUACUUUUAUACCAAAAACGAAUUUUGUUCGGAUAAUAUUUAUGAAGUGUGAUACAUCAAAGAAAUAUUGCUUUCACUUAAGUCAUGUUCUGAUUAUUUCAGGUGUUGUUUUCUUAUUUAAUAAACGAAUUUUAAUAAUUUAUGCUAGGUGGUUUGAGGUAGGAGGUUUUGGCCGACCUAGGUUUCAUGACUGUUGACAAUCGCCCGUAAGGCGUAUCUGGUAUAUUCAAUUGAAUAUACCUUAAGGUAUUUAUAUUCUUUGUGAGACUCAAACCCGGGUCACCCAGAGUUGCAGUCAGGUAUUUUACCACUGAGAUACAUGAGUUAGCUAUUUAACUUGUUUUAGGACUAUAGUGGAUACUUUGGUUGUACCAUUAUAGAGUAACAUGUCCAGUCUUUUAACUCAUAGAACACUAAACAAAGGGGACUAAUUAUCACCCCCAGCUUGUUUUAGUAUACAAGCCUGGGAGUUUUCACGCAUUGCCUUGGACACUGUUCUGAUAUCAAUUUUGAUUACGAAAUCUAGAAUACUGAAGUGGUCAACAGGAUGACUAUUCUAUGCUACAGAAUUGGCUUGGAGUGGAUAGCACUUUUACUGGCCUUAAUUAUGAGCACCACAUUUUUGCUAACAUAUUAUAUUUCGGUAUAUAGAGGACAUGUGAAUGCGGAGUUACCAUUCAUCAGUUCUACAGGUGCUUAUCCACCAGAAAGCUGUAUAUUUGCAGAGGGUUUAAAUCUUGCUGCCUUUCUGAGUUCAUUCUGUGCCUUCCUGUGGUAUCUGAUUGCGUUGGAAAGAACAAAAUUUAUGGGCAUACACCAACCGACAUGUUUACUUAAAUUUAUGACUAUACUAUCUUUAGUAGCUGGAAUUGGAUUAACUAUGGUGGGCAACUUCCAACAAGUUAACGUUGAAUUAGUGCAUGAUAUUGGAGCUGCAAUGGCGUUUUAUGGGACAACUUUAUACAUUUUCCUAUGUGCUUAUGUAAGCAGUCGAUAUCUUGGAACACACUGGUGCAUAUGGAUAUUAAGAUUACUGUUGGGUAUAGGAUCAGCAAUAGCAACAAUACUCUUCUCAGUAUGCCAUUUAUUCUCUCGAAUUCAUUUCAAAGGAUCUCAAGAAGAAUCCCUAACGUAUCGUCAUCCAAAACAAGGUGGACAUUCGUAUUAUCUAUGCAGCACAGGUUCUGAAUGGUUUGCGGGACUUUUCAAUAUACUCUUCUUUACUACAUGGGCGUAUGAAUUUAGUAAUUAUGCUUUGCAGAUGCCUAAGAUAGUUCACAAAUCGCCUAACGGGAUUUCAGAAGAUGUUGACUCGAAAUCCCAAAUACGUGGGACUGAUGAUGCUGAAACCUCGCAUAGAAUGAUUUUCUAAACUAAUUAAUUAUUCGUUAAUAUUUGACUAUACGCUACAGAAGACUUUUCCACUGACAUAAACUUUUCUUUCUGUUUGAAUAAAUCACACAUU